AUGGGAAGAAUUAUUGCACAUGAUAUUCUAGUCCAUUACAUGGGAAACACUGUCAGAAUUCCUAAUGUUGAUCCAAAGAACUACCAAUAUAUUGACCUUCUUGGUGAUGUUACUGAUAAAGCAAUGAAUGAUUUGCCUGGAAAUUUGAAUAUGCUUGUGCAUAUGAAAUGUGCGAUUCCAAGGACAACAAGUUUUAUGGACAUCAGUAGUGACAAAUCAGUCCUUGAUAUGUUCAAACUUCAUGAAAAUGAUCUUGUUAUAAACCUGUACUUGUUGCACCUGAAUAUUAUUCCUACUACAGAGGAGAAUAUGGUAGAGGACAGGAAUAACCAACUUAUUGUGGCACAGAAAGACAUAGGAAUUGAAAAUGCUCCUAUUCCUGUAGUUGACAGUGAGGGUGAUGAUGAGAUUUAUGCUUCUAGUUCUGAUGACUCUUGGCAGGAUGACAUAGAUAGUGAUUUGAAAGAUGUCAUAGCUGAAGAUAGGGCUUUAAUUUCUAGUAGUGAUAAGGACGAAAAUGACUUGUCUGAUUAUGAGGAGAUUGAGGAUGCACAAGUUGUGCCUGAUUCAGAAUCUGACCAAGAGACUGAUCCUAUGAGAGCAAUUAUGCAGUCAAAAAUGUGGACUUACAAUCUAAGAGAGGACAUUGAGUUUGAGAAAGGGAUGCUAUUUACCAAUGUGGAUGCAUUUAGAGCAGUAUUGAAGGACUAUGCUAUUCAGAAAGGAUUUUCAUUGGUGAGGUUGAAAAAUGAAAAGAGCAGGUGCACUGCCAAGAAAAAUUCAGAAGCUACAUCAGAUUGGAUUGUAAAGAAGUUAAUUUCUGUUAUGAGAGAUCACCCAGAAUUGACAAGCAAGGGAGUAAAGGCUGAAAUGCAGAAGCAUGGAGUCUUGCCAAGAAGCAUCAUGAAGAUUCACUAUGAUAGGCCAAACGUUCUGGUAGAGCCUAAAUUUCUGAGAUUGUUUAUCUCUUUUAAGGCACAAAGAGAUGGUUUCCUGGCAGGUUGCAGGCCAUUUAUUGGCUUUGAUGGCUGCCAUUUGAAAAGUGCAUUUGGGGGCAUUCUGUUAACUGUUGUUGCUCUUGACGGGAACAAUAGUUUGUUUCUAUUAGCUUUUGUUGUGGAAUUCUUUGGACCAUUUCCAGCCAAUAUUCCACUCACCUUCAUGAGUGAUAGACAGAAGGGACUCAACCUUGCUUAUGAGGAACAAGUGUCUGAAGCUGCUGCACGAUAUUGCUGUUGGCACAUCUACUGCAACUUCAAAGUCAAAUUUCCAGGAUUGCUGCUGAGGAGAUAUUUUUGGCAAGCAGCUAAAAGUUAUGAUUUGAUAGGACACAAUGAGGCUAUGGAAAGAAUAAAAAAUAUUAAUAUAGAUGCUUGGAGAUACUUAGCAAACAUUCCUAAGUGUAAUUGGGCAAGGCAUGCAUUUUCUGUUGAAAUUAAGUGUGAUCAUGUCACCAAUAAUUUCACAGAAUCUUUUAAUGCAUGGGUUGGAGAAUUGAAAGGAAAGAAUAUACUUGCUCUGGCUGAAGGAUUGAGGCAAAAAUUCAUGAAAAAAUUGCAUAAGAGGUAUCAAAAAGGCUGCACAUGGACAUCUAGUGUUACUCCACAUGUGAUUGGCAAGUUGAAGGAUAUUGCAGCUGAAUCAAGAAGGUGUUUACUGAUAAUGACAAGUGACAACACGUUUGAAGUAGCAGACUAUGAUAAGUCCUAUAUAGUCAAGUUAACUGAGAGGACAUGUGAAUGCGGGGCUUUCCAGUUGACAGGCAUUCCUUACAAGCAUGCUGCACUAGGAGCUCUUUAUAGAAGGGAGAAACUGGAAAGCUACUGUGAUGCAGCUUUUUCCAUUGAUCAAUACUUGAAAACGUAUGCAUUCAUGAUCAAUCUAAUUCCACAUAUGAAUAGGUGGCCUCCAAUGAAAGAUGUGACACCAGUAGUAGUUUUGCUAUCACUACUUAGAAGAAGAGCUGGUAGACCAAGAAGAAAUAGGAGAAGAGCAGCUGAUGAAGGAGCUCCUGCACCUCAACACAAGAGAUCAAUCAGUUUCAGGUGCUCAAAGUGUGGCAGAUUUGGACAUAAUAGGAGAACUUGUCAAGGAGCUCCUGUUGCUGAAAAAAGAGGGAGCAGUACUUAUACAAAUUAG